UGUAUGCUGAAUACUACAUUUUUCCUCAGAAAGAAAUGUCAAGAAGAUUCUUCAAUUUUCAACUAGAAGAGCCUAAAAUCACAAUCAAAAUACCUCCAAAUUUGCAUAAAGAUAAGAAGUGGAUGGGGUUGGCCUUUUUUGUAGUAUUUUCAGUUGAUGAAAAUUCACAAAAAUCCCAUUCUUUCUCUUACCAAGUGGACAAUGAUGAAUAUAGAAUGGAAAGAGAAUCAAUGCUUUACUUGAAUAAAGAUUUGUUAGUUGGUUCUCAUCAGCUUUGGGUGUUUUUUGAGCCUCGAGCUGUUUAUCCAUAUAGAUUAAAUCAAUGGAGGCAUCUUCGUUUUUCGAUCGUAUGCAAUAACUCGGACUUUAAGGCUGUUCUUUGUGGUGCAAAUCUUGUUUAUAAGCAAGAUCUUGAAGGAUUUGUCAACAUAAUUGUAAGUAAUGUGUUGAGUUCUCCAGCUGAAUUGCAUGAAUUUUAUGACCGAAGUUAUGUUGAAAGCAUUUUAAGAAAUGUACAUUGCCAUAAGUACGAUCCAAAGAAAAAUGAAAAUGAUCAAAGAAGACAAGAUCAUUUGCGUAUAGAAAAGUGGGUUGAGGAACAAGAUUCAAAUGCUCAUCCUCAAGAAGAUGAAGAUUCAAGUUCCAGUUCAAAUAUGGAAAGGAGCCACUUUUCGCUACUCAAACAGAGCAUUCCUUCUUUCCUUCAAAAGGAUUUAAAGGAUCGAUAUGAAAUGACAUUUGACUUUGUUAUUCCAAGGAGAAACAUUCGACCCCAGCUGAUCAAUCAACUAUCUCCAAGGAAUUAUACUCGCAUUCAAUUGCCUCCGAAUUCUUAUACUAAUAUUGAUUGGAUGGGAUUUGCAGUUUGGACAGUUUUCCAAAUCAACAAACAUCCAACAGCAAUUCUCAACAAUCUUGGCUCAGUUUCAAGGCAUGAACUCAUUUGUCAAUUUGGAAUUGAGAAUGGACUAAUUAACCCAUUACACAUUCAUAGUAUCAUUGAGGACAAAGUGAUUUGGCUACAUGAACGCCAAUUUGUUUGGCUUUAUUACAGCCCAAGAAAGAAAUAUGGUGAAAUUUUUCGUCAUAGGUCUCAUGUUUGGGCUAUUAUUGAAGCUGAUACUCCAGACUUGGUAGUGAUAUGUUGUGGACUUCAAGUAGUAUACAAGAAAGAUGUCAGAGUGAUUGACAAGAUAUUGAUGGAAGCCAUUCAAUCAUCAUCUUAAACAAAUAGCUAGUACGCACGAAGUUGAGUACUAAUUACUUUACCUUAUUCAGCUAUCAUUACCCUUUCACUUUUCAUUGGUUGUAUAAUUUUUUUUUUAACAAAGAUAACAUAGGAAGAGAUUAGAAGGUGCAUCGAGACAUCUCUAUGCAUGCUGUUGUAAGUCUCGUCUAUGAUAUUUUUUGCUCCAAUGUUAUUGGUUCUAGCUAGUUAAACAUAUUAAAGUGGUAUUUUCUCUUCUUUUUUUUUUAAUCUAUUUCUGGUGUUAUGUUUA